UUGAAAAAAACAUGAUGGACUCUUCAGAAGAGGAGGAAAAGGACCACAGAGUGACCCUGGACAGAUGUUUGGUUAUGAGAAAAGAGAAGAGGAGGGAACCGGCAUCUCUGACCAUCAACACUCCACCUCUGUAUGGAGCGAAAAGGCAACGGGAUACGUUACAAGAGGACAGAAGGAUGGACCAAGCCGGCAUCCUGAGAAAGUUUAUCCAGGGGGUGAAGGCCAUGAGCGAGGGGGACGAGGAGAGGGGAGAGGACAACUUCGGCAGCGACUUUAUGCGGUUACGGAGGUUAUCGACUAAAUACCGGACAGAGAAGAUCUACCCCACCAACGUGGGAGAGAGGGAAGAGAAUAUCAAGAAGAACAGAUACAAAGAUAUACUGCCAUUCGAUCACACUAGGGUGAAGCUGACAUUAAAAACGACCAAUCAGGACACAGAUUACGUCAAUGCAAACUUUAUCAAGGGUAUAGAUGGCCCAGAGGCCUAUAUUGCAACUCAGGGCCCACUGCAGAACACUGUCAUCGACUUCUGGAGGAUGAACUGGGAGUACAAUGUAGCUGUUAUUGUGAUGGCUUGUCGAGAGUUUGAGAUGGGAAGGAAAAAGUGUGAGCGGUAUUUCCCGCUGCUCGGGGAGCAGCCCAUGAGUUUUGGCCCUUUCAGAAUCUCCUGUGAAGCAGAGCAGGCCAGAACAGACUACUUUAUCAGGACUUUAACGGUGGAGAAUGAGGACGAAACUCGGAGGAUAACACAGUUCCAUUAUAUGAACUGGCCCGAUCACGACGUCCCCUCAUCGUUUGACUCCAUACUGGAUAUGAUUGGACUGAUGAGAGAAUAUCAAGAGCAUGAUUAUGUCCCUAUAUGUGUGCACUGCAGUGCCGGCUGUGGGAGGACGGGUGCUAUCUGUGCUAUCGACUACACGUGGAACCUCCUCAAAGCUGGGAAAAUACCAGAAGAUUUUAAUGUUUUUCGGUUGAUCCAAGAGAUGAGGACGCAACGGCACUCUGCUGUUCAGACCAAGGAGCAGUAUGAGUUAGUUCAUAGAGCGAUCGCCCAGCUCUUUAACAAACAACUGCAGCUACUGGAGAGCUCCACCAACACGCAGAUACAUGAUGGCAUGGAUGAAAGCAGUCCAGUUAAAGCAGUCCAUCAGUCUGACGAUGAGAGAUGGGACACACCGCCUCCAAAACCUCCCCGCGUACGCAGUUCCCAGGCUGAAGGUGAUGUGAAGGAGGAGAUACUCCAGCCCCCGGAGCCUCACCCCGUACCCCCCAUUCUGACCCCGUCUCCCCCUUCAGCCUUUCCCACCGUCACCAACGUACGGCAGGACAACGACCGCUACCACCCCAAACCUGUCAUACACGUCCUGGCUACCACACAGAAUAAAGAAGCAGACCAGCAGCAGAACCAGUCCGAACCCAGUCAGAACAAGCAGGCCAGUCCCUCAGAGCAGAAAGAACAAGAUCUACAAAGUCAAAAACAGCAGACUCAGGUCUCAAAUCUAGAUCUCAAUGAGAACUAUAACAACAAAUCAACAUCGACAAAAUCCGAAUCGGGCCAAAGCCAGACUCAGACGCCCUCCUCGCCCCUCUCGCCAGCUGUCGAAUGUUCUGGCACACCUCGGAUCGAGAGGAAGCUGAGCAUUGAGAUUAAAAAGGUGCCGUUACAGGAAGGACCUCGUAGUUUUGACACUUCCUCCUCCAUGGGAGUAGCAGGUGGACUAGGCAGCAGUUCAGCCAAUAGCGCAGGAGUGCUGCAAAGAGCCCAUGCCUUCAAAGCCCGUUCUGGCCAGUCCCUGCUGACGUCUAGCUCCUCGCUGUCAGAGGACUCGGGCACGGAGGGGGGAGCGGGCGGAUGUGGGGAGAGUCAUGCAGACGGAGGCGUCCUAGCCAGACCAAACCACCUCCCCGUGAAGAACCAGAAGGGGGAGACGCAUGGAGCGGAGAAAGUGGAAGUGAAGGCCGGCCACGCGUUGUGGGCUCAGGCCUGCAACAGCCCCGACAAACAGAUCCCCAAAACCUCCUCUUCGUCUUCCUCCUCAGACCGUGUGGCUCCAUCCUCCUCCUCCUCCUCCUCCCACCUCUCCUCCUCCUCUUCCUCCUCCUCCUCUACUCCCGUUAGGACUGCCCUGAGCUUCACCAACCCCCUGCACUCCGAUAACUCGGACGAGGAGGGGGAUGUAGAGAUGUCCGGGGGAAAGGAGGGUUAUCGUACUAAUGUGUCCACGGCGACGGCCAUGGUUACCGCAUCCCCUCACCACGGAGACCAGCAGCCCGUCCGGAAGGUGUUGCCCAUGUCGAUCGCAGGGCAGAGCACUCCGUCACCCUCUGCCACCACAGCAAACUGCUGGGACAGCGAUGACUCCCCUCCCCCCCUCCCUGCGAGAACCCCUGAGUCCUUCCUACUGGCCACAGACCCCGUGGAAGUGAAAACGUCGGCCUUGGCUGAAUGGAGUGGAAAUAAAGAUGUGUCGGAGUGUGUUAAGAAGACGUCUCCAGCUGACCCUGCAUCCGCUGGCACCACGGCAACAGACAGCAAGGCAGACCUGGGGUUCGGUAACCGCUGCAUUCAGCCCAAAGGCCCUCGGGAACCCCCCCUGGAGUGGACAUGAUGGGAUCAUCCAUCUGCCCGUCCACCAACAGUGCCCUCCCUUUGUCAGGAGAUGGACUCUACCCAAUCUCCCCUGGCUGGUCCAAAAACCUAGUUGAUAGAUGCUCCACAGACAGAGAGCACAAUGUUACAUAGAAUCACCUUUCUGUGUAAUGCUGUGUCACACCUCCUCCUCAGUCCUUCCGUCAAAGUGCCACUGUGCAAAGCAGAAGAACACUUACUGGUCAGCUGUCCACGUUUCCCUUUCCAGCUUGCUCACUUCUCUAGACUCUGACCUGGGAUCAGUCUGGUUAUUUUCCUGUUAAUUGUUAAAGAAUAAUUCCUGUUUUUGGUGACUUGAGAGUAGAUAAAAGAAAGGGAUCUAGAUGUAACCCUUACGUGUUAAAAAUAAAUUUUCUUUCAUGCCAAAUGAGGAAAAAAACAAAUCAUGAAUCAGGAAUUAUCUUUAAUCAGAAAAGCUACUGUGGGAAGCUAAUUCCUGAGGUUUAACUGAGCUCCCAGACAGUGUCUGCUUCCUUCUGCUGAAUGAACAACAAUCUUCAAAGCGAAUUUAGAUAAUCUGUUACUCAUGAUGCAACCUUUUCUGUUGGGUAUGUACAGGUUGCCAGGGUGCUCUCUUUCUCUCUCUCUCGCUCUCUCUCUUUCUCUCUCUCUCCUUCUCUCUCUCUCUGUGCUGGUGCUACAUUACAAAGGAUCAGCAAAGAAACCGAAGCACUCGAGCUGACUGUUACCAACCAUGACUUGUUUCUUACCUGCGUUGUGGUUUCUUGUAGGAUUUACUCCUGUUUUAGCUGCAGUAAUUUAAGCUCUAGUACUUUUAUAUUUCUGUGCUGACCUCCCUCUCUACCAGAGUCAUAGAUUUGACAUAGUUUGGUCGUUGCAGUGGUCAGUAGCAGCCAUGUUGGCUCCAGAGUCCUGCUCUGUGGCCGUUAAAGAAAUUGUUCCACAUUUUUUGGGAAAUAAGCUUAUUCACUUUCCUGCUGAGAAGUUUUCUACCACUCUCAUGUCUGUAUGUAGAGCUGGAGCUGGAAGCUGCUUAACUUAGCAUUAAGCUUGGAAACCCGAUUAAAUAAAUAACACGGGAAGCGUUAAUUUGUGAGAUGUAGAGGUGUGGCUUGGCAGUCUUUAGUACCUUUGAACAAAGCCAGGCUUUUUUUCCCCCUGUUUCCAGUCUUUAUGCUAAGAUAAGCUAACCGGCUGCUAGUUGCAGCUUAAUAUUAACCACAAAGACAUAGUGGUAUUGAUAUUUUCCUCUAACUCACGGCGAGAAGUUGUUUUUCCAAAACAAUUUUCCCAAAAUGUCAAACUGUUCCUUUAAAUAUCUGCUAAAUCUGUAAUCAUCAUAAUGACAUCUCCAUGGGGUGUUAGAAAACAAAGCUGAAUGCAGAGAUACUAAAAAUAAGAAAAUAAAAAAAACUAAGGACUUCUGUGUAGGUAGUAUACCAGGCAUAUUAUUUGUAAAAGGUUUAACCAAAGAGUGAUGUUCCCUUCUCAAAUAUUUCACAAUAAAAAGCAAAGAUUAGUUAGAAAAGUCCUGGGGGGAAAAAAAAGAAGCAGAAACAUGCCAUGUUGUACAACAUUCAAAGCAAAAUUCCCAACUGUGUGCCCAAUAAUUCAGCUUUUUCCAGCCACGACGGGGUUAAAAUGACCUUAAAAUCAGUAAUGGCCAAACUGGUCAGCUCUGUGACUCUGGCUCUCACUGCUGGGACCAUGAGCCUGCCUUAGUCUGCCGCUCAGAGAAGACAGCCUGUCCUCCUUCAUUUUCAUUUGGCUUCUCUCUCCAAUUCAUUUCCUUCCCCUCUCUGUGUAUUUGGCUUCUCUUGGUCGCUGCUUUGGACUCAAAUUUGUUGUUUAUUUCUUUCCUUUCUGUUGUUGUACCUUUUGCUUUUCUGUUCUCAUUCUCCUCCUCCUGUUGGAUGAUCGACCAUGCAAGUCAAUUCUUUUUUUUAUUUUAGCAGCCAGUUUACUCCGAAUAAACCCCAGUGUUUCGGAGGAGGAAUGUUACACAUGACCUGAAACUCUUAUGGGACUUAACAGAUUAAUAUAAAGUCUGGUUCUGUCCUAUAACAACCAUUUCUCUACAAAUCAGACUUGUAUGGUUUUUCAUCUGGCGGACAAAUUUAAAAUAAAAAAAAAGAAAUCAUACUCUACCUGCUUCUGUAUGUGUGAGACAAUAAGGAUAGGGACCCAGGACUACUGUAUUCUUCUUAUUGUUCUCUGCUAACUUCAUUAGCUACCAUAAGUAUACAGUAUAUGCAUUGUUUUAUAAAGAUUAAAAAAAAAACUGUACAGGGCAGUUUAGGUAUAUAAUAUUUCAGAUUUUUUUGUUAUCUCUUAAAUAUUCUUAUUAACAGAAGAUGUAAGAAAGUCAGUGCAUGAUGAUGAUGAUGAUGAUGAUGAUUCCUCCCCUACACAGUGUUUCCCUUCAAACUGUAAAUUAUUCUGCUGCCCUUUUUGUUUUUGCUUCUGGCAAAUAUAUCAGGGUUGUUUUUAUUUUUUAUGUUAGAGUUAUAUGCUUAAAAAGAUUGAACAUUUUUGUUUUAAUUGGCUGGCAGAUUAAAAAGCAUUGACUGACUGCCAGCCAGCCCCCUUUCAGAUAGCUACAGCGGGCUUUGAAUAAGAUUGUAAUAAUAAUAUUAAUGAUGAUAAUAAUAAUAAUGGUCGUUUUUUGUAAAUGGUAUUUUAAAAGUUAUUUUUGUAUACGCGGUUGUUUGUUGCGUCACAAGUCUACUGCUCCAUACCCAAACCCCCACUCCUCUCUUCCCUUCUCACAUAUUGCAUCAUGUCUUUUUUUUAUUUCUCACUCAUUUUAUUUUACACUUUUUGAUUCCUUUUUUUUUUUUUUUUUUUUUUUUGGUCUCAGCUCUUUUAAUGUAGAACAUGCAACAGAAAUGGAUCUCCUGCUCUGGACAAGGAGCAUCUCAUUAUUUUUUGCUUCCUUCAUAAUUCCCCCCGCUGUUUUCUCUCCCCCUCCCACCCUCCUCUCUGCCUUUUUUAAUUUUUAAAAGGCUGACGUUUCCAACACGUCUGUGCCAGCAGAUUGGUCCACUUCAGUAAUGCAUCCCUAACUUGUUGGUGGUUCAAAGUUACAAUAGACAUGCUGAGAAAGAAAAAAAGUCUUUUAAAUUUCAUCAUUUGUUUUUCCAAUCCUCCACUUCUUUCUGUUUAUCUACCACAUACCCAUCUACCUACCUGACCCCUUCACAUGCACACUAGCCUUGAUCUCAGAAAAGAGCCCACCUGUGCCUUUAAGUGAGAGCCCACCCUCCCCUUCAUCCCCUCUCCUCCAAUCGUCAUUAGCGGCGUGAGUGUGAGCGAUGUGAUUCGCUGCUGCUUGCUCAUCGCCUCCUGUGCCCCCACACACCCACACACCCAUACACCCACACACACACACACAAACCUCGUGCCCCACACAAACAUAAACACACACAAAAUGUUUGUAUGUUGCAGAAAUCAAUCAGUAAAAAUGAACAUUAAGUAAA